CAGCUGGCUCAUUACUUCUCUCUGCUCUGCUUUCUGCUCAUCAUGGUCACUCUCCUGCUGACUCUCAGCUUGGUUCAGAUCACCUUCACCUUCCAGUCACAGUCGGCCCUGCAGGAAAACAAACUGAAAUAUUUGACGCACAGACUGGAGGAGCUGAACCAGUCCUAUCGCCUCCUGUUCUCCCAGUAUCCCGCUCUGAACCAGUACUGCUCAGUCAGCAACUCCAGCACCGGGGAGACAGUGUGCACACCAUGUCCAGCCGGCUGGACGCCUAAUGGAGAAAAAUGUUUCCUGUUCAGUCAGGACAGAGCUGACUGGAUCAGCAGCCAGUACCGCUGCAUGGCACUGGGGGGAGCUGUGGCCACAGUGCAGACAGAGGAGGAGCAGGUUUUGGGAGCGUGAGCCCGAUAACGCAGACAGCAAAGAGCUGUGUGGACGCCUCACCCCGAGAGACGACUACAGGAAGAGCUGGUUCACCCACAGGUGCUCCAACCUACUGAGGAGGGUCUGUGAGAGGAGACAAGCUACUCUACAGUGAGAGGAGAGGAGAGGAGAGGAGAGGAGAAGACAAGACAAGACAAGAAAAGACCAUGUUGAUGGUGAUUAUUAUUAUUAGAACAUAUAACUCAAUAAAAACAUGUCUAACUUAAAUCACACUUUUCUUUAAUACACAGUAACAUUAAUGCUGGUAAGAAAUCUCCCCAAAAUGCAAGAUAAAUAAUUUCUGUCCUGUUAUGUAUCAUAAGAUAAGUUUUGAA